AUGGCAACUUCGUCUGCUACAUGCUCCACUCCCGCAACCCCCAGAGCGGAUCCCCCCGGGCAACCACAUGUUGAGACAGCUCCCCACGCGGUUGAAUCAGUGAUGCCUGCUCCUGAAAACCAACCACCACAGCAACCAGGCUCCCCUAUCAUCAGACCCGCCGAUCCCGUGCUGAAUCCACGCGAUCACCUUCCCCCCGAUGCCCACUUUCACGACGAGACCCGCGAGCUCUGGUCCACAGACCUCGACCAGAUGCUACUCUCUCGCACCCCCCAACUAACCUUGUCGCGCCUCAUGCGCCGCUUUAGACGGAGCCCGCUUAAUCCCCGCAUCCCAAUAUUCUACCAAGCCGUCGCGCACAGUCCUACCAGACGUAUAGUCUUCCUCAUCAAGCUGAUGCAAUCAACGACCAAGGUGACCGAAGACACGCUGAAGCGUGUGACCCAGUCGCUGUUCUAUAUUGUUCGCAGGCGCACCAACCGUGUCGACGACGACAACGCAAUGGCGGAGCUCAUCCGCGACGGGGACCACGCGGUCGAGGUUGUGGCCGAGCUCGUGGCGUUGUUUAAUGAGCAGCUCGCCACGGGGGAGGUGGUCCUGCGUGGGUUCAACAGGACGUGUCUGGUGGUGUUGUGGCGGUUCCUGGAGGUCGGUGUGUUCAACUACUUUAGGCACAAAGAGCGAAUGUUGGAGAGGAGGUAUGGCGUCAUUAACUUGCGUAGGGAGUUGGUGGCGCUGUAUGUGGGUGCUGGGUGGGUGUUGGGAAGAAUUGGGGGCCACUGGAUCAUGGGGGUUGCUGCUUGA